CUCACCUCUUUUAUUUAAUGUCAUGAUGAGAGACCUCCCAUCGGUGCAGGGGGUGCACACGGUGGACUAUGCCGACGACGUGGCCUUUUUCUCUUAUGGUCCUGACCUUGCCAUCACUACUGAAAAAAUUCAAACACAAUUGACCAAAUUCUUUGAAUGGACCAAGAUGUGGGGUCUGGCCGUAAAUCACUUGAAGACAAAAUGCAUGUUAUUUUCCAACAAAAAAGUCACAGCUAUUCCACUGUACAUUGGUGACUCGGCUCUUGAAUAUGUGAAUCAACACCGCUAUCUCGGCGUUGUCCUAGAUGCCCCUCGGCUCCGGUGGGAACCUCAAAUUGCUUCACUUAGAUUAUCUUGUAUACCUAUUACCAACUUACUCAAGUCUAUUUCAGGAAGACACUGGGGUGCAGACAGAGCUCUUCUGUUGAAACUGUAUAGAGUGUUGAUUCGCAGUCGUUUAGACUAUGCAGCUGCUUUUUAUGCCUCUGCAGCCCCUACUAAUCUCAGUAAACUGAACGUCAUACAGAAUAAUUGCUUGAGAAUUGCCCUAGGAUGUAGAACUACCCCGGUUCCGUCUAUGGAGGUCGACGCCCAUAUUCCACCUCUUUCUGUGCACCGAAAGGAAGUAAUAUGAAAAUAUUACUUUCGUCUCAUACAAUUACCUCAGUGCCCUAUAAUAAAUGAAUUGUUUCAUCCGAAUGUUCAUCCCCCUUUACCCUGCAGGGCUUCAUCCCAACCAAUAAGUUUCAUCUCCCACGCCCGAACCGUCAUGUCAACCCUGCAGAUUCCUGCUCCUCGCUUGCUUAAAUCUCCUCUUAUAUCUCCUAUGCCCCCCUGGUUCAAUACAGAUGAUUAUUUUUCAGAUCAAUUUUCCUCUGCUUCAGUAUCAGUUACCUCUCCGGAGGCUGCCAUACAGAUUUUUUCAGAACUGAGUAACUCUAAGUUCCCUGCUCACACAGCCAUCUACACGGAUGGGUCACAGGUCAAGACCCCUGUUCCUUCCACAUCAGCUGCGCUCUUCAUCACAUCCAAAGGUGUUUUGCUGAGCUGGAAACUCCGGCCGGAGGUUGAGGUGAUAGAGUCGGAGCUCUUUGCUAUACGGGAAGCCUUGAGUUGGUCCCAGACAAAUCUACUCGUGAUAGAAAAAAUUGUUAUAUAUACUGAUUCACAAGCAUCUGUUCAUCUGAUUAAAAAUAGACAACCUUCAUGCUACCUUUUCCUAAUAUUUCAAAUUCAAUGUAAAAUUAUGUCCCUAACAGCCUCGCAUGAGGUAUUCAUCCAAUACAUCCCUGGACAUAAAGGAAUCUCUGGCAAUGAGACAGCAGAUCAGGCAGCCCGGGAUGCCCACUCUCUCCGAUAUCGCACCAUCACCCCAAUGUCCAAGGAGGAGCUGGUAAGACUCGCGCAUGACAGAGUCCAGGCUAGCUGGAACCAAUCCUGGCUGGAUAAUGUCAACAGCUCAGGCAAAGGCCAAUUCCUCACAACCAUAAAACAUGAAGUAAGUUACUGGCCUUGGGCUCAGAAUAAUAAACGUUCAAUAGAGACUGCCUUGGCUAGGCUACGCCCGGGCCAUGCUGGUGUUAGGGCCCAUUUAGCCCGCUUUAAGAUGUGUGACAGUUCACUCUGCACUUGCGGUUCUCUUGAAACCAUAGAACAUUUGCUGCUUCACUGCCCUCAGCAUGCCCCUGUGCAAGCCAAUUUAACCAAUACUCUAGCUCGGCUCAAUAUCCCCGUCACACUGCAGAACUUGCUUGGCGGGGGCACCUAUCCUAGCCCUAUCCAGUACUUAAUAGUUGAUGCAGUAGCUACAUUUUUAACAGCUACUAACACCCUUCAUUUACUCUGAGAAAUGCAUUAGCUCUCUUAGUCCCGAUGUAACUAACUAAAACUUGUGGGUAACUAACACUCAAAUCAUACACAUUUACUUACUGCUGGCAUUGAUCUGAGUGCCUAAUUUGAGGUGAGCAGAAACACUCUCUGCAGUCUUUUUAGGAACAGGUUUUAGGACUUCUGUGUACCGCCGGUCGUGACUGCUCUUUGUAAAGAUUGUUGCUGUUCACCUUAAAUCCAUCCUUAAUCUUUGAUCCUUCAGAGACAGCCCACAGGAGCUUUGUUUGUUUGUGAGGUAGCAACCCACAGUCUCAUAUUCUUGGACCAACUUGGUCAGAAGAAGCUCCAGGCUGUGCCGCCCAGGCUGUGCCGCCCAGGCUGUGCCGCCCAGGCUGGACCUUCGGUAGAUUCCGCAAUCUCAUACGUGUGACACUUGAAUACCAACGUCCGGUCGAGGAGCUACCUUGGACAAGUCUCCAGAGCUCCUUCCAAAUUCCGAAUUAAGAAGGA